GGAAGGCUGGGACCAAUCUUUAUCCGACUUUUUAUUGGAGCUUUCUUAUACCAACUAGAAAACUGCUCAUAGAGGUCGCGUGGUUCGCCUGUUCAACAACAACUCCUGCACUUCAUAUCACCAUUAACCAGAGCGGAUUAUUGAAAGUGAACUGCAGUCACAGUGAACCAGGGGAAGUCUUUAAACAACCCCACAGAUCCGGUGUGGGGACCUUUUUUGCCACCACAGGUCUCGACCACUGAGACACUGAGAGUCCAUUAACGCAAACUGGCCAGAAGUGCGAGGGGAACAAUAUAUGUGGCAGCGAGCAGGGUCGGAUUGGGUUUUGUGAUCCAGAAAGCCGUCACAGCACUCAUGAACAUGCUUAUCUCCCUUCUGCUGCUGUUGGUUAGUGGUGUGCAGUGCUUUGCAGUCACAGCAGGUCAUGGUGGAAACACAUCUGUGUAUUACUGCGAGGUUCCAGGAUGUGCUUCCAAUGUGACAAAAAUAUUUUGCAAAGACGAGCUGGUCGUCACUGACAAACACAUUCCAGACUGUGCAGGCCACCUACCACCACCCAAGUCUGUUUGUCAGCAUGAUGGUCGGGCAUUCGUCUCCUCCGAUACAGCUGAUCCCUGUGAAUUUGAAGGGGAGGCUUAUAUUGAGACGGGGAAGUGUACAGCCACCAGUGACAUAUGUUCUCUUACCCGUGGUACCAAAACACCAGAACAGAAAUCCCUUGAAAGCAUAUGGAUCGUGCUGAUAGUCCUGGUUUGCCUGGUUUCCCUGGUUUGUCUAUUUAUAUAUAUAUAUAAAAAGAGACAAAACAGAGAACAAAAUCAACAGGAGGCCAGUGACUCUGGUGUGGCUGAACCUCUAAGAGACAUGCAAAGCUCUGGAAACACCAGUGAGAGAGAUACCUCUGGUGCUCCUGGAUUGGAUGACAGCAGCUCUCUUUCCCAACGUGACCAUGGAGCCUGAAGUUCUGCAGCUUCAUUUCUC